AUGCAGAAGUCACCAGUGGAAGAUGCAAACUUCCUCUCCAAAUAUUUCUUCUGGUGGACGUCACCGCUGCUGAGGAAGGGCUUCAGGAAGAAGUUGGAGCUGACGGACGUCUACAAAGCUCCUUCCUUUGACCUGGCAGACCACCUCUCUGAGAGACUCGAGAGAGAAUGGGACCGAGAGGUGGUGUCGGCCAAGAACAAGCCCCGGCUGAUGAGAGCGCUGGCCCGGUGCUUCCUCGGGCCCUUCGCCUUCUUCGGUGUGCUCCUCUACCUCGGGGAGGUUUCCAAGGCGGUGCAGCCUCAGCUCCUGGGUCGCAUCAUCGCCUCCUUCGACCCGUUCCACGCUCCGGAGCGGAGCCAGGGAUACUUCCUGGCUUUGGGCCUCUGCCUCCUCUUCACCGCCCGCUUCCUCCUGCUGCAGCCCGCCAUCUUCGGCCUGCACCACCUGGGCAUGCAGAUCCGCAUCGCCCUUUUCAGUCUCAUAUACAAGAAGACCCUGAAGCUGUCCAGUCGAGUGUUGGAUAAGAUCAGCACCGGUCAGCUGGUCAGUCUGAUGUCGGCUCACCUCAACAAGCUGGAUGAGAGCCUGGGUCUGGCCCACUUCGUAUGGAUCACCCCUCUGCAGUGCAUUCUGUGCGUGGGUCUGCUCUGGGAGCUGAUCGAGGUCAACGGCUUUUGUGCUCUGGCGGCCUUGACUCUGCUGGGCAUCAUCCAGGCCUGGCUCUCCCAGAAGAUGGGACCUCACCGCGCCGAGCGAGGAGGCAUGAUCAGCCGCCGCCUGGCUCUCACCUCAGAGAUCGUGGAGAACAUCCACUCUGUGAAGGCGUACGGUUGGGAGGACGUGAUGGAGACCAUCAUCAAGAACAUCAGGCAGGACGAGAUGACGCUGACGAGGAAGAUCGGCUCUCUGCGUUACUUCUACAGCGCCUCCUACUUCUUCUCCGCCAUCCUGGUCAUCGUGUCCGCCAUCGUGCCGCACGCGCUCAGCAAAGGCAUCAUCCUGCGGCGCAUCUUCACCACGGCCUCCUACUGCAUGGUGCUGCGUAUGACGCUGACCCGCCAGCUGCCGGGAUCCAUCCAGAUGUGGUACGACACGCUGGCGCUGGUCAAGAAGAUCGAGGAGUUCUUGAUGAAGGAGGAGUACAGAGUUCUGGAGUACAACCUGACCACCACCGACCUGGAGAUGGUCAACGUCUCUGCAUCCUGGGACGAGGGCAUCGGUGAGCUGUUUGAGAAGAUCAAGCAGGAGAACAAAGCCAACGGACACCUGGACGGAGACGCCGGCCUCUUCUUCACCAACCUCUACAUCACGCCGGUCCUCAAAAACAUCAGCCUGUACCUGGAGAUGGGCAAGAUGCUGGCGGUGGCCGGAUCCACCGGCUCGGGGAAAAGUUCCCUGCUCAUGAUGAUCCUCGGGGAGCUGGUGCCGUCGGAGGGUAAAAUCAGACACAGCGGUCGCAUCUCCUUCUCGCCGCAGACUUCGUGGAUCAUGCCGGGGACGAUUCGGGACAACAUCCUGUUCGGCCUGACGUACGACGAGUUCCGCUACACCUCCGUCAUCAAGGCCUGCCAGCUGGAGGAGGACUUUGAGCUGCUGCCUGACAAAGACAAAACGCAUCUCCUUGAAGGAGGUGUGACCCUCAGCGGAGGUCAGAGGGCUCGCCUCGGCCUGGCCAGGGCUGUGUAUAAAGACGCAGACCUCUACCUGCUGGAUGCACCUUUCACCCACCUGGACAUCGUGACGGAGAAAGAGAUCUUUGAGAAAUGCGUCUGUAAACUCAUGGCGUCAAAGGCGCGCAUCGUGGUCACCAGCAAGUUAGAGCAUCUCAAGCGAGCGGACAGAAUCCUCCUCCUGCACAACGGAGACUGCUACUUCUACGGCACCUUCUCAGAGCUGCAGGCCAAGCGGCCCGACUUCAGCUCCCUCCUCCUCGGCAUGGAGGCCUACGACAACUUCAACGCGGAGCGACGCAGCUCCAUCCUCACCGAGACUCUCCGCAGGGUCUCCGUGGACGAAACCGCCGGCUUCCGAGGCCCGGAGGCGAUGCGCCAGUCGUUCCGACAGCAGCAGCCUCCGAUAAUCGUGUCCGGAUCCCCGGGCCAUCCUGGAGGUGAUGGCUACCCGGAAAAACGGAAGCAGUCCCUCAUCCUCAGUCCGCUGGCAGCCGCUCGCAAGUUCUCCUUCAUCGGGAACUCCCAACAGACUGCAAACCCCCCACAGUCCACCACGAUAGAGGACGGGGUCCGUGAACUCUCUGAGAGGAAAUUCUCCGUGGUACCCGAGGACGAUCAGGUGGAGGAGGUUCUCCCGAGGGGGAACUUGUACCAUAACGGGUUGCAGCACCUCAACGGGCAGCGGCGCCAGUCCGUGCUGGCGUUCAUCACCAAGUCUCGGGGUCAGGGCCGCAGAGAGCAGAUCCAGAUUCAGUCGUCGUUCAGGAAAAAGCUGUCCAUCACGCCGCAGUGUGACCUGGUGUCCGAGCUGGACAUCUACGCCCGCCGCCUGUCCAAGGACAGCGUUUAUGACGUCAGCGAGGACGUGGACGAAACAGACAUGGAGCAAUGCUUCGCAGAUGAACGAGAGAACAUCUUUGAAACUACCUCAUGGAGCACAUACCUUCGCUACAUCACCACCAACAGAAGCUUAGUCUACGUCUUACUGUUUAUCCUCUUUGUCUUCUUCAUUGAGGUAAAAUUACCAUUUUUAAGUUGUGUUAUUUCACUUUUCGAGAUCUGGAGGGACGGCGCCAACCCUUCAUCGCCCAACUACAUCGACGAGCAGCACCCGAACGCCUCGUCGACCCCCACCCACCUGGCUGUCAUCGUCACGCCGACCAGCGCUUACUACAUCAUCUACAUCUACGUGGCCACGUCGGAGAGCGUGCUGGCCCUGGGGUUCUUCCGGGGUCUCCCACUAGUGCACACACUGCUCACAGUGUCCAAGAGGCUGCACGAACAGAUGCUCAGCGCUGUUCUACGAGCCCCCAUGGCCGUUCUCAACACCAUGAAAUCAGGCCGCAUCAUGAACAGAUUCACCAAGGACAUGGCCACCAUAGACGACAUGCUGCCUCUGGUGCUGUUUGACCUCAUUCAGCUUACAUUGAUCGUUACGGGUGCCAUCUUCACCGUAUCCAUCAUACGGCCUUACAUCUUCAUCGCUGCCAUCCCGUUGGCCGUCAUCUUCGUCAUCCUCAGAAAGUACUUCUUACGAACUGGACAGCAGCUCAAACUGCUGGAGGCUGAAGCUCGCAGCCCCAUCUUCUCCCACCUCAUCGUCUCGCUGAAGGGCCUGUGGACGAUCCGGGCGUUCGGGCGUCAGACCUACUUCGAGACGCUCUUCCACAAGGCGCUGAACACUCACACGGCCACCUGGUUCCUCUACCUGUCCACGCUGCGCUGGUUCCUCUUCCGCUGCGACAUGAUCUUCGUGCUGUUCUUCAGCGCCGCGGCCUUCAUCGCCGUGGGAACCAACCAGGACAAACCAGGGGAGGUUGGCAUCAUCGUGGCCCUAGCUAUGCUCAUCCUGGGGACUUUCCAAUGGGCUGUCAUCACCAGCAUCACUGUAGACGGACUGAUGCGUUCGGUGGAUCGUGUGUUCAAGUUCAUCGACCUGCCGUCGGAGGAGCCCCUGCCGGAGAGGUCCAGCGGUAAAGGAGACCCCGACCUCGUCAUCGACAACCCGCACGCCCAAGACUGCUGGCCCAACCACGGACGCAUGGACGUCCAGGGCCUCACCGUCAAAUACACGGAGGCCGGACGCUCCGUCCUCAGCGACAUCUCCUUCUCUGUGGAGGGGGGGCAGAGCAUCGGUCUGUUGGGUCGAACCGGUUCGGGGAAGAGCACCCUGCUCUCCGCUCUGCUGCGCCUCGCCUCCACCGACGGAGAAAUCUCCAUCGACGGCGUCUCCUGGAGCUCCGUCUCCCUGCACACGUGGAGGAAGGCCUUCGGGGUGGUGCCACAGAGAGUUUUUAUUCUGACCGGAACUUUCCGGAUGAACCUGGACCCACACGAACGUCACAGCGAUGAGGAGCUGUGGAGGGUCGCCGAGGAGGUGGGUUUGAAGUCGGUGAUCGAACAGUUUCCAGACAAGCUGGACUUUCAGCUGGAGGACGGAGGCAACGUGUUGAGCAACGGACACAAACAGCUGCUGUGUCUCGCCCGCUCCAUCCUCAGCAAGGCCCGAAUCCUGCUGCUGGACGAACCCUCCGCCUACCUCGACCCCAUAACUCUGCAGGUCCUGAGGAAGACGCUGAAGCAUGCGUUCUCCGGCUGCACCGUCAUCCUGUCAGAACACCGAGUGGAGCCGCUGCUGGAGUGUCAGUCCUUCCUGAUGAUCGAUGGCAGCUCCAUGAAGAGCUACGACUCCAUCCAGAAGCUGAUGAACGAGACCAGUCACCUGAAACAGGCCAUGAGUCCCGCCGACAGCCUCCGCCUCUUCCCGCCGCUUCACCGCCUCAACUCCAGCAAGAGGGCGUCGCCGCAGACCGCCAAGAUCUCAUCGCUGCCAGAGGAGGCUGAGGACGACGUCCACGACACCCGCCUCUAA